AUGAGUACCUACUUGGGCCGGCGCCGGCGCACUGCCGCGUGGAGCGGAGCACGCGCCGCCGUCGCCAGCAGCAGCAGCAGCAGUGGCAGUCUGUAUGGCAGGUGUUGGACUACUCACGCGGCAGUGCGCCGGCGCCGUCGCCAGCAGCAGCAGCAGCAGCAGUGGCAGUCUGUAUGGCAGGUGUUGGACUACUCACGCGGCAGUGCGCCGGCGUCGUCGCCAGCAGCAGCAGCAGCAGCAGUGGCAGUCUGUAUGGCAGGUGUUGGACUACUCACGCGGCAGUGCGCCGGCGCCGUCGCCAGCAGCAGCAGCAGCAGCAGUGGCAGUCUGUAUGGCAGGUGUUGGACUACUCACGCGGCAGUGCGCCGGCGCCGUCGCCAGCAGCAGCAGCAGCAGCAGUGGCAGUCUGUAUGGCAGGUGUUGGACUACUCACGCGGCAGUGCGCCGGCGCCGUCGCCAGCAGCAGCAGCAGCAGCAGUGGCAGUCUGUAUGGCAGGUGUUGGACUACUCACGCGGCAGUGCGCCGGCGCCGUCGCCAGCAGCAGCAGCAGCAGCAGUGGCAGUCUGUAUGGCAGGUGUUGGACUACUCACGCGGCAGUGCGCCGGCGCCGUCGCCAGCAGCAGCAGCAGCAGCAGUGGCAGUCUGUAUGGCAGGUGUUGGACUACUCACGCGGCAGUGCGCCGGCGCCGUCGCCAGCAGCAGCAGCAGCAGCAGUGGCAGUCUGUAUGGUAGGUGUUGGACUACUCACGCGGCAGUGCGCCGGCGCCGUCGCCAGCAGCAGCAGCAGCAGCAGUGGCAGUCUGUAUGGCAGGUGUUGGACUACUCACGCGGCAGUGCGCCGGCGCCGUCGCCAGCAGCAGCAGCAGCAGCAGUGGCAGUCUGUAUGGCAGGUGUUGGACUACUCACGCGGCAGUGCGCCGGCGCCGUCGCCAGCAGCAGCAGCAGUGGCAGUCUGUAUGGCAGGUGUUGGACUACUCACGCGGCAGUGCGCCGGCGCCGUCGCCAGCAGCAGCAGCAGCAGCAGCAGUGGCAGUCUGUAUGGCAGGUGUUGGACUACUCACGCGGCAGUGCGCCGGCGCCGUCGCCAGCAGCAGCAGCAGCAGCAGCAGCAGUGGCAGUCUGUAUGGCAGGUGUUGGACUACUCACGCGGCAGUGCGCCGGCGCCGUCGCCAGCAGCAGCAGCAGCAGCAGCAGUGGCAGUCUGUAUGGCAGGUGUUGGACUACUAUGUUAA